AUGUCCUCACAGUUCUUCUCCCUCGAGGGCCAGACCGCCCUCAUCACCGGCGGCACACGUGGAAUUGGCGCCGCCGUGGCAGUGGGCCUUGCCGAGGCCGGCGCCGAUAUCCUCCUCGUACAGCGCGACGAGUCGAGCACCUCGACCAAGGAGGCGGUCGAGAAGCUCGGCCGCAAAGCCCAAAUCUACACGGCCGACCUCAGCUCUCAGGAGAGCGUUGCCGCCCUUGUGCCCAAGGUCCUCAAGGACGGCCACCAGAUUCGCAUCCUCGUCAACUGCGCCGGAAUUCAGAAGCGACACCCAUGCGAGAAGUUCCCCGACGACGACUUCAAUGCUGUCAUCCAGGUCAACCUCAACUCCGUCUUCACCCUCACCCGCGACGUCGGCGCGCACAUGCUCAACCUCGACCCGCACCCCGUCACCGGCCGCAAGGGCAGCAUCAUCAACUACGCCUCCCUGCUGACCUUCCAGGGCGGCUUCACAGUGCCGGCCUAUGCCGCCUCCAAGGGUGCUGUCGGCCAGCUGACCAAGAGCUUCGCCAACGAGUGGACCUCCAAGGGCAUCACCGUCAACGCCAUUGCGCCCGGUUAUAUCGAGACGGAGAUGAACACGGCGCUACUCAACGAUAAGGAGCGUCUUGCGAGCAUCAGCGCCCGCAUCCCCGCCGGCCGCUGGGGCACCCCCGAAGACUUCAAGGGCACUUCGGUGUACCUGGCGAGCAAAGCGAGUGGUUAUGUGAGCGGGCACGUCCUGGUUGUUGACGGUGGGUGGAUGGGUCGGUAA